CUGGUGCUUGUUAUUUGGCAUUUCAGAGUGAAACACAGACUCUCUGCUGUCAACAUGGCAAGUCUGUUCGCUGUGGCGACCGUGCUGGCUUUGGUGUCCGCUGGGUUUUGUGAGGAGAAGGUCUUCCUGCAGCGAGCCGGCACGGCAUUCAACAGCAGGCAGUACAGAUCUGUGCUGACUGUGAGCAACGGAGAGCAGUUUGGGAACUGGACCUGGCCUGAGAUGUGUCCUGAAAACUUCUUUGCUGUUGGAUUCAGUGUCAGGGUGGAGUCUAACCAGUACGGGGGGGACGACACCGCCUUGAACGGGAUCCGCCUCAUCUGCGCCAAAGACGGGAGCCGAAACUUCCUGUACUCCAUCGAAUCCCACACUGGAUACUUUGGAGAGUGGUCUCAUCCCCAGUACUGCCCCACUGGCACGCUUACUUCCUUCCAGAUGCGCGUGGAGCCCCAUAAAGGUCUGUUUGGAGACGACACGGCCGCCAACAACAUCAAGUUCCGCUGCAGCAGCAACCCGACGCUGGAGGGAGCUGGCCUGGACUGGGGCGAGUACGGCUACUGGAGUGAGGAAUGCCGCGACGGAGGAAUCUGUGGCAUUGAGACCAAGAUGGAAGAUUACCAGUGGGGUCUGGACGACUCCACCCUGAACGACGUCCGGUUCUUCUGCUGCAACAAACAGCAGUAACCACCCCUGACCCUGAUCCGACACCAGUCUGAUCCCAGCCGGUCUCCAACUAGUUCAACCCGAAGAUGACAAAGAUAAUAAAACGUUUAAAUUGUG